GUCGUCUCGACAAUCAUUAUCACGAUAUAAAAUGUCGGGCCGGAUCGCGAAAGUCAUCUCUACGGAGCUCCUUGAAAACAAGGAUGCGAGGUGGAUCAACUUAGUUAAGAUUACAUACGAAGAUCAGAAUGGACAAGUCCGUACAUGGGAGGGGACGCGGCGUCCAACGCGGCCCAAGACGAGUUUGGUAGACGCGGUGCAGAUGCUUGCCGUCCGUGAGCUACCCACUGGUGCAGAGCUCCUACUCGAGAAACAGUUCCGAGCGCCCGCGGGUAAACUUGUCGUUGAGUUUCCAGCGGGCCUCGUCGACGAGGGUGAAACGGUUGAGGAGGCGGCUCUUCGUGAGCUUAGGGAAGAGACAGGCUAUGUGGGCGAAGUUGUGCACGAGCGGGCCGCCCAGCGUCCCAUGUUCUUCAGUUCUCCUGCGUCGUCAAGCUCGACUACAUUCAUGAUACAAAUCAAGGUCGAAGCCGAAAAGGAGGAAAACAAGAACCCCAAGCCACAGCUAGAGGAUGGCGAGUUUAUCGAGUGUUUCUGGGUUCCAUUUAAGGACCUUUUUGCAGAGUGCAGACGCUUGGAGACCCAAGGCUUCGCUAUCGAUGGGAAACUGGGCGCUUUUGCGGAAGGCCUCGAAGCUGCCAAGACGUGGAAGAUAUGAGGAUAGCCCAAAGAUAGAAGAUCAGCCUGAUGCUGUGAAAGAAGAUGGACCGAGGCCGAUUGCUUGGAAAAGGACCGCCAACGGGUUUCUCGACCCUGAACAAGGGCGGGACAGCAGACGAUGGCUAGCAUAAGUUGCAAGGGGGGAAAAUACCUAAAUGAUGCAAGAAACAGUCCUGCGUAGAGGAGUUAAGAACGGCGUAUCAAAUCACGUAUUAGAGAAUACAUGCCACCAAGUAAAGAACUAGACUACGACAGAAUAGAAGUAGAUUAAGCAUUCAAGCCGUGCUGAACCGUACUAUUAUCGUAUAUAAUAAAUAUACUGCGUAG